GUUACAUUGUUUCUUCUCUUUCAGCCAUCUGAAUGGCCUCACUAUUUCUUAAUCGAAUUGAAGUUAAGUUCACUCCUCGUACACGACUGUCACUUGGGGGUCAAGAACCAUGCCCAGGCUCCGCACGGGACGUCAUUGAAUGAGAUCCGCCUAGCGAUCUGCCUCCAGAGCGGCAUUUUCUCUGCUGAUAUCCCACUCUUCAACAAACCCUGCAAUUCCGCACAGGUAUAAGUAUGGAUCUUUCUUUAGUUGUCUUUGCUCUAUUCGGAUCCUUUUAAUCAUCUAUUGUCAUAAUGGCCAUCAACAGCAAUACUUCACAAGCAGCGUCGGCCUCGCAGCCCGCCGACGAAGAAACGCCCUUGCUCAGAGACGAUCAACCCAAGCCUCAGGAUGAAGACGCAGACACAGAAGAAUCCCCCACAGAAGAGACAAUCAUCCCCGAAGAGCUCUCAGCAAGUCGUCUAUACAUCACCCUGGCCUCUAUCUACGUUGGCGUCUUCCUCGGAGCCCUGGACAGCACCAUCAUCGCCACACUCUCCGCACCCAUCUCCACCUCCUUCAACUCCCUCUCCCUCCUCUCAUGGCUAGCCUCCUCAUACCUAAUCGCCAAUGCCGCCUGCCAGCCGAUCUCCGGCCGGUUAACCGACAUUUUCAGUCGCAGAACCGGGCUGGUUGUCUCGAAUAUCUUCUUCGCGGCUGGGAACUUGAUGUGCGGGCUUGCGACGUCGGAAUGGACCAUGAUAGCAGGAAGAGUGGUGGCAGGGGUGGGCGGUGGAGGACUGAUGGCUAUAUCUACAUUUGUGGGGAGUGACUUGGUGCCGCUGAGGAAGAGAGGCUUGAUUCAGGGGGUUGGGAAUGUGUGCUUCGGAAGUGGGGCUGGACUGGGAGGCAUAUUUGGUGGAUGGGUGAACGAUACCUGGGGGUGGAGGGUUGCGUUCUUAUCCCAAGUUCCUUUCGUCGUUAUGUCUGGAAUAUUAGUGUGGUGGUUCGUCAACGUGCCGCCUAAGAAGUCCGAGAAGUCGAAGCUCUCUCGCAUGGACUUUCUUGGAGCUUUUACAUUGGUGGUUACACUUCUGCUGUUGCUCUUGGGGCUGAACUCCGGGGGAAAUAUUGUUCCAUGGACACAUCCCCUUGUCUUGGUCUCAUUACCGCUCUCCGUGGUGGCCCUCUGUGCCUUCAUCUGCGUCGAGCUAUACAUCGCGUCCGAGCCCGUGAUUCCCGUCAGGCUCCUCCUCCACCGAACCGUGGCAGCAGCAUGCCUCACAAACUGGCUACAAACAAUGGUAGUCUAUAUGGGCGCUUUCUACGUCCCCAUAUUCUUCCAAGUCAAAGGUCACUCCACAACUGCCGCAGGCAUGAGUCUCAUCCCCCAAUCCAUCGGAAGUUCAAUCGGCUCUCUCGGUGCAGGUCUCAUCAUGAACCACACCGGGAAAUACAAAUGGCUCUCCCUACUCUCUCUAGCCAGCGUCUGUGUCGGCGCUGGCAUGCUCCCAACCCUCAGCAUCUACGGCCCAGACUGGCCCGAAUACAUCUACCUCUUCCUCAUCGGCUGCGGCUACGGCGGAACCUUGACCGUCACCCUGCUGGCCGUCAUCAGUGCAGUAGACCACGAGCACCAAGCCGUCAUCACUUCUGCGACCUACGCCUUCCGCUCCACUGGCUCCACAAUCGGUAUCACGGUCGCCUCGGCCGUCUACCAGAACCUGCUCGUCUCCUCCCUACACGAGAAAUUUGACGGCUGGCCAGGCGCGGAAGAUGAGAUCAGGAGGAUCAGAGACAAUUUUGACGAGUUGAAAAAUCUGCCAGAAGGGUGGGGGGAGGGCGUGUUGGAUAGCUUUGCGCUGGCGUUGAGAGGGGUGUUUUUGACGGGGUUUAGCAUUGCGGUGUUGAGUUUGAUUUGUGGUGCUUUUAUGAAGCAGCAUACCCUGCAUAAGAGUCUUGCGAGGAGGGACUCGGCGUCCAGUUAGAAGAUCUAGUAGAUGAGAUUUAUAGUGAUGUUUAAUGAAGAUUUAUUCACCCC